UAUACCUAAUUCAAUUUAAUCACUUGAUUGAACGGCUUAGAGUUGUACAUGGAUGUCAAUCCUGAAACUAGUUUGGAAUUGGCGGGGUAUUCCGAAUCAUCCAGAAAUGGCUACAUACUCGACAGUUUAGCUGUUAGUAACUCGUCCCUGCACGUCAUUUCAGCCACGUGUGCUCUAUGCCACAGAGCCCUUUCAUCAGAUAAUGAGACAGUUGACCUUGAAACUAUCAGCAUAUGCGGCGAUUGCAAGUUUUUGUUGCUCGAGGAUCUUGAUACUGCCUCACCAGAUGUGUUGUACCCAAGGACAAUGCGUGUAUCAAGAAGGAGGUAUGACAGUUCUGAGUCGAUUGAGAGCAUGUUUUCUCAACAACUUUCGCAGAUAAUCAGUCUGGCAAGGCAAAGCCAGCCCAUUUCUUUCGAGCAUGAUAUUCAAUCUGUAGAUGGAGAUGGUGCUGCAAGGCGUGGGUCUAGAAGAUCGAGGAUAGGGUUAUCAGACAGUGAGAGUGAUGCCUUUGAUUCUCUGUAUGGAGAGAAUGAUUCAAAUCUAAGCUUUAGGAGAUAUAGAUGGGCUUCACAUGGAGAGGUUGAUACCGUUGUUUCUUAUAGAGGAGACUCGGAUGAUGACCACAGUUUCCUGGAAAAUGAAAAUUAUGAAAGUGAUACUGAUAUUGACCCAAUGAAUGCUGGUCUGUACCGAUGGAACUCGGAAGAAGAGGAUAGUGAACAGGAGGAAGCUGACAUUGAAGUUGCAACUCAGCUUCAUAGCUCGUCGAGAUCGAAUGUUGCUUACAUCAAUUGGCGUAGACAUUUUUUGUCCCAUGAAGUUGCGGGUACAUUUGUACGCAGAUUCCAUGAGAGGGUACAGUCACAUAGUGGGGACUUGUUAGCCAAUUUGGAAGAGUCGGAGACGUACAAUUAUGUUGGAGAAUCUGGAGAUUACCUAUAUGGCAGAGGCUUCGGAGAUAUAUUGGAGCAUCUUGCUGAAAGUGAAAGUUCAAGGAGAGGGGCACCUCCUGCUUCCGUAUCUUUUAUAAGCAAUAUGCGAUGCAUGACCAUUAACGAAGAGAAGCUGGACAAUAUGGUAUGUGCAAUCUGCAAAGAAACUUUCAGUGUUGGAAUUGUUGUAAAUGAGCUGCCCUGUUUUCAUAUGUACCACCCAUGCUGCAUAUUGCCAUGGUUAAGUGCGAGAAAUACAUGCCCGCUUUGCAGAUACGAGCUUCCAACGGAUGACAAGGAUUACGAAGCAAGAAAAAGGAAUGGGGACAUGAACGAAUACGAGACAAUUGAGGAUAACAUUCAACACGAAACAAAUGAUGACGAUAGUGAUAGUAAUUCUCAAGGGGAUGAAACUUGUGAGAUGGAACAAGUGGUAAAUGCAGAAAGUGGCAGGGGAAAGAAUAGAUGGUUGAUGAUGGCAGCACCAGUUGUUGGUAUGGUUGGGAUUUCUCUGAUGAUGUGGUUUGGCAAUUCUUCAGCAGCUGCAGCAGCUUAUAGAAGAAGCCCAACGAGUGCUCACAUUCACCGCCCCAAGGACAAUGGCCAGAGGAGGUGGUGGUCUUCCUUUUUCUAACUAACUUUUGUUCAAACAAUUCUUUUUUUUUUUUUUUUUUUUUUUUUUUUUUUGUGCUCUUGGGUAUGUAUCAUCAAUUUGUUUAUGAUUGUCAAGAGUUUUAUACCCAAUUAAGCAGGAGGCAGGUUAACUUUCUUGUACAUGUUGAUGUUGUGGCAUCUCGAAUAAUAUACUUUAAAAUUUCUUUAGAGGAUGAA